AGCACUACAUAAACCACACCACUCCAACACUGUCCAAGAGUAAGGAGAGAGAAGUGGAGAAGAAAGAUAUGGACAAGUCAAGGGAGAGAUCCAGAGAGAGAGAGAAGAAAGAUGAGAAGGACAGGAAAGAUCGAAAAAGGGAUCAUUCAAACAGUGACCGAGAGGUACCGCAGGAUUCAACUAAACGACGCAAAGAGGAAAAUGGCACAACUGGUUCUUCAAAACACAGCAAAAGUGAAAGUCCUUCUGAUUCCCCUCGCUUAAAUGAAAAAGAGAAGGAGAAAAACAAAUCAAAAUCUUCAGGAAAAGAGAAAAGUGAUUCAAUCAAGGCAGAAAAGAUGGAGAAGAGUUCCUCUGGUAGCAAAAAGGAAUCAAGACAUGAUAAAGAAAAAACAGAGAAGAAAGAUAAACGGGACAGUGCUGGAGGGAAAGAAGAAAAGAAACAUCAUAAGUCUUCAGACAAGCAUAGAUAAUGAAGAUUCUUUCAGUCAAGGUGACAUUGAAAUGGGAAGAUAUCCAGCUGUGACCAGAAAUGUAUUUUCCAGAGUAUAGAUUGCACAGAAAAUUGUGAAUGAAGAGGACCCAUCUGCAUCUCCUUAAAUUAUUCAGUUCUCUGCUUUAUUUCCCCGUGCUAAGGACUUAAUUGUUAAGUUGUACAUUACUGUAUUUUUAACUUGUUGCUUAGUUUCUUACACAUUUAUUUUCAGUACCUGGCUGAAAGUGUUACCUAUUCCAUAUUUUAGCACAAUGUGCUGCAAACAAACAGUUGCCAUAGUGCAAAUGAGGUUUCAUGUGUACAUAGUUCCACUUAGUUUGUCGAAAAUACUGCCUGAAUUUAGUAAUUCUUUCAAUUUGAAAUUGCAUUCUUUUAGAUGUUUGAAAACCACAAAUAAACAGUUAUUGAACCUUUUUGGAUUUACCUCAUUUAAACUCAGUUUUUAUUUAUUACUUGGCCUGUUUUUAAUAUCAGUAACUAAAAAACAAAAGUUAAGUGGGAGCACUGUUUUCAUGCAAUGCUUAGAGAUUAUUUGUAUAUUGUGUAUAACGUUGACUUGUUUAAAGAAACAAAGAAUGAGCCCUGUCCCAUCCCAACCUAAACCUGUGCUCAGUUGUUCCUUGUCACACCUUUUGUUUGUCAUGUUGUUUUUAGAUUGAUUGGAAAUGCUCUCUUCAAAACUGAAAUAAAUUAAGUUUCAGUUACAGCUACAGGAGCUUUGUAUUGCUGAACUUUAGUCUGAAGAUUUCACAAUGACGUUUUUAAAAAAAAAAAAAAGAAUUUUUUUAUCUGCUGAAUUCUACUAGUGUAACCUUUUUUCUAAAUAAACAAUAGUUUUCUCAAUGGGUCGUAAA